GACGUGAUUUCAAAUCAUCUCCACCAGCAGUAGCUUCUAGACUUCGUGUUCCCUCCAACAAGUAUAUAAGUUUGUCCCCAGCACCCUGUCAACCAGCCAUAUCAAUAAACUGCUCUAUCGAAAGUCACAGGGUUUGAAAUCUUAGAACACCGAUUACCCAACAUGUCUUCCAUCAAGCCCCUCAUUCUCCACGCUCACACCACUGGCCCCAACCCCUUCAAGGUGGCCAUCCUUCUUGAAGCACUCAACAUCCCAUACACCGUCAAGCUCUGGCAGUUUGGUGACGCACCCAAUGGCGUCAAGGGUGAACGCUUCCUCAAGAUCAACCCCAAUGGCCGCGUUCCCGCUUUGGAGGAUCCCAACACCAACAUCACCAGCUGGGAAAGUCUGGCCUGCAUGAACUACAUCCUCCGCGUCUAUGAUACCGAGAACAAGUUCGGCGCACGUCAGGAAGCAGGCGAGCAAGGACGAGCUGAUGUCGACGCAUGGACCAGCUUCCUUGUUAGCACUCUGGGACCAUUCCUUGGUCAGUGCAAUUGGUUCCGUCAUUACAACAACGUCAAGAAUGAGAACGCAUAUGAGAGAUAUCAAGCCCAGGCAUACCGAUGCUUUGGAGUUUUGGAGGAGCAGCUAAAGAAACAUAGCGGAGACUGGAUCUUGGCUGGGGAUAAGCCGAAUGUCGUCGACUUUCACUUUGAGCCUUGGAUGAGACAGUAUGAGUAUGCUGGCUUGAGUCUGAAUGAUUAUCCCAAGGUGAAGGCUUGGUUGGAUCGUGUUCAGGCGCUGCCUGAGGUAAAGCAAGCGUAUGAGAAGAUCAAGGCUGGGAAGGAGGUCUAAACCCGCAAGGAAGCAUAAAAAACCAUGUCAAUGGACUUGCAUUUUUUUUUGGAAUAAAAACUGAAUCAUCACUAUCCUUCAGAAACCCUUGGUCGUGAAUUGUUGAC